ACUGUCCUUGCCGGCGCACAGUUUCUACGUCACUCAGUCGGCAUAAGCGCAAGAGAGAAGCAUGGCCACCGGAGCUCUGCUGAGAGGAGUUGUGAGUCGGGCAUUGAGAGGCCGUUGCCUGCCACUGUCACGCAAACAGGGGAGGAGCGUGAGCGUGUGCAGCUCCAGAGGUCCAACUGCCGCCUGGCAUCCUCUGACUGUCUCCAGAACAGGGCCACCUACACUGUGUGCUGCAGAUAGGAGAAGCUACACCACGCAGGCCUCUGAGACCAAGGAGGAGGAGCUUCUGCAUACAAUCAUCUGUGAUACUGAGAAUGUGCAAGGUGCUGCCUCCAAGCAUGAGUUCCAAGCUGAGACCAAAAAGCUUCUGGACAUUGUUGCCCGUUCACUGUACUCUGAGAAAGAGGUCUUCAUCAGAGAGCUAAUCUCAAAUGGAAGCGAUGCUUUGGAGAAGCUGCGACACAAACAUCUGGCACAAGGAAGCUCCCUUGCCGAGAUGGAAAUCCACCUGCAGACUGACGGCGACAAAGGAACACUCACAAUCCAGGAUACAGGGGUGGGCAUGAAUAUGGAUGAACUUAUCUCCAAUUUGGGCACUAUUGCUCGCUCAGGAUCCAAGGCCUUUCUGGAUGCUUUACAGAACCAGGCAGACAGCUCUUCUAAGAUCAUUGGUCAGUUUGGUGUGGGCUUCUACUCGGCCUUUAUGGUGGCAGACAAAGUGGUUGUUUACUCUCAAUCAUCGGAGGCAGGGAGCCCUGGAUACUGCUGGAGUUCAGAUGGAUCUGGUGUCUUUGAAAUUGUAGAGGCCAACGGCGUGCGCCCAGGGACAAAGGUUGUGAUCCAUCUCAAGGAUGACUGUAAAGAAUUUGCCAAUGAGGACAGAGUAAAAGAAGUAAUAACCAAGUACAGCAAUUUUGUCAGUUUUCCCCUGUAUCUGAAUGGCAAGCGAAUCAACACUCUGCAGGCUCUCUGGAUGAUGGAUCCCAAGGAGAUUGGGGAAUGGCAGCAUGAAGAGUUCUACCGGUUCAUCGCUCAGGCGUAUGACAAGCCACGUUACAUGCUUCACUACAAGGCAGAUGCACCUCUCAAUAUCCGCAGUAUUUUCUAUGUUCCAGAGAUGAAACCAUCCAUGUUUGAUGUAAGCAGAGAAAUGGGUUCCAGCGUGUCUCUUUACAGCCGCAAGGUUCUGAUCCAAACCAAAGCUGCAGAUAUAUUACCCAAAUGGCUGCGCUUUCUGAGAGGCAUUGUGGAUAGUGAAGAUAUCCCACUUAAUUUGAGCCGUGAGCUGCUUCAGGAAAGUGUCCUAAUUCGGAAACUACGUGAUGUUUUACAGAAGCGGCUGAUUAAAUUCUUCAUUGAUCGGAGUAAGAAGGAUCCAGAGAAAUAUGGCAAAUUCUUUGAGGACUACGGGCUUUUCAUGCGAGAAGGAAUAGUGACCACAGCAGAGCAAGAAGUCAAGGAGGAUAUUGCAAAAUUGCUCCGCUUUGAGUCUUCAUCAUUGCCCGAAGGCCAGCAAACCAGUUUGACCGAAUACGCCAGCCGCAUGCAGCCAGGAACGCGAAAUAUCUACUACUUGUGUGCACCCAACCGCCACCUUGCAGAGCACAGUCCAUAUUAUGAGGCUAUGAAAAAGAAGCAAACAGAGGUCCUUUUCUGUUACGAGCAAUUCGAUGAGCUCACCAUGCUGCACCUGCGAGAGUUCGACAAGAAAAAACUCAUCUCUGUGGAGACGGACAUUGUGGUGGAUCAUUACAAAGAGGAGAAAUUUGAAGAGAGUAUACCAGCAUCAGAGCGCCUGUCUGAGAAAGAGGCUGAGGAUCUUAUGGCUUGGAUGAGGAAUGGUUUAGGAACUCGAAUAACCAAUGUAAAGGUUACACCACGACUGGAUACGCACCCAGCUAUGAUCACAGUGUUGGAAAUGGGAGCAGCUCGACACUUCCUGCGCACACAACAGCUUGCCAAAACUAGUGAAGAACGAGCACAGAUCCUACAGCCCACACUGGAAAUCAACACCGGGCACCCUCUUAUUAAGAAGUUAUGGCAGCUAAAGGAUGGUGAGCAGGAGCUGGCAAAGUUACUUCUGGAUCAGAUAUAUGAAAAUGCAAUGAUAGCUGCUGGGCUUAAUGAAGAUCCCCGGCCGAUGAUUGGUCGUCUUAAUGAGCUUCUGACUAAAGCAUUCGACAAACACUAACAUGCCUUUUUAUAUACUGACCCCCCACCUAAGGAACUUUCUUUCUUGCCCUGUGCAAAGCAAAGCUGAGGAUAAAGGGAUGCUCAUCUGUCCAAUCACAUCACAUUUGCUUUUAAGUAUUUGCCAUGUUUCCUAUGGAAAGCAAUCUAAACAAUCUGCAACUCUGAAUUGUACUGAUGCCAUAACCUCUGCUUUUUUUUUUUCACUGGUGGAUUUGUCUAUAAUAUGAGUUCCCCACAGAAACCAACGAGGGAUGAAAGAGUGGAAAUAUUUUUUGUUUGGAGUACCCUGAAGGCAAAUAUAAAGUCAGCUGUCCAUUUUUUUAAAUGUAAUUUGUGUUGUAAUUGUCAAAAUUUUAUUUGUCACAGUUUGUAGCAUGUUCUGUGUUUUACUGUCACAGGCACUACCAUGUGUGAUUUAGUGUUUUCUAAUAUAGAGCCUUAAGUUUGAGAGACGACUUAAUACUUACUCUAUGUUGGACCACAGGAAGGAGAUUCAGAGCCGAACCCAUAGCAGUUUUUCUGAGAAGGGGGUGGGCCCAAUAAGUUAUAUAAGGAUAAUGUGUAUUUUUCACUUCCCCAGAUGGUUGUCGGGAGCCUGGGUUAGAAUGUAACCGGAUAGGGCAGAAUGGAGCCCCAACAAGGAGUCGACAAUGUGGUUAGUAUCCCAGGAGGUCCCCUGACAGUUAGGACAGGCACAGUAGUUAGAUCAGGGGGGGAGAGAGUGGUCUCCUGAUAGGCAACGAUAUAGCACCAUUAAUAGAGGUCCAAGGGUAAAGCAUGAGGGUUGUCAGUGCCGAUUCUGAUGAAGAAGCUGCCUGAGGCUUCUCAAAUGCCCCCCCUUACUGGCUUACCUAUCGGGAGGGGAGGCAGGAACAUUAGUACGGAGAUCGCAAUUGCUCUCUCUUGCUCUAGUAAAGCAGCAUUCCCUGUUUCAAAACCGAAAAUUCGGCUCUCAGAGGUGCCAGGAGUGGCUUUUUGCCGCCCCUGGAAACCUAUCUGGCGCUACCGCCUGAGGCAAGUUGCUCAACUCGCCUCAUUGUCGGAGCGCCUCUGAGGGUUGCUACUUUAUGUGAUGUGGCAAUGACUCGGAGUAGAAGGUGAAAAGGGCCAUCUUUAAACUGCUAUAAAGUUAUUUGGCCCAAAUAGGAAUGCAGGAGAGGGAUGCCAAAGCCUGUCUGUGAUAAUAGCAGUAAAAAAAAAAAUAAUCUAUGAAAUGGAGAAUGUUAACGGAAGAACAGAAAAUAUUGCGUGUGCAAAUAUAAAGUCAUUGCUUGCUGUAGACCCUCUUUUUGUAUUUAUUGUAUGUUUUAAAACUUGUAAAUGUGAGCAGUGAAUUAAAGGACAAGCUCAGAGAUG